AUAAAUUUCCAUUGUUGUCAUCAUUCUCUCUCUCUCUGAAUUUUUUUUUGGAAGAAGCUCCGAUUUCAGAAUUGCAUCAGUGCAUUAAAAUAGAAGCCAGUCCAGCAGAGCAUCAUCUCAACAUGCCAAAAGACACAAGUGUGAAUUCCUUUUCCGUUAACCAGUCAAGGGCAUCUCCUUAUUCUUGCAGCUCAGAGAAUUCUGACCUCGACUCCAAGGAAUCUCUACCAUCAGUUGUGAAUGAAAGAGAGUGGGAAGAAGCUAAGUGUCCAAUAUGUCUGGAGCAUCCACACAAUGCUGUCCUUUUACUUUGUUCUUCACGAGACAAGGGUUGUCAGCCUUAUAUGUGUGACACAAGUCAUCGACAUUCUAAUUGCUUUGAUCAAUUUCGUAAAUCAUCUGCUGUAGGAGCUCAACAAGGCGAAGGUAAUGUAUCAGGAGCUGUGUUCCGUGGAGAAAGUUGGGGACAAGCAUUAUCAGGAGCUUCAAGGUCUCAUGUGCAGAAGCAACCUGACCUUACCUGCCCUCUUUGCCGGGGACAUGUCGAAGGAUGGAUUGUUGUAAAGGCUGCUCGUAAUUUUAUGAACUCCAAUUCAAGGAGUUGUGCCCUGGAGGCAUGCAAUUUCUCUGGUAACUAUGCUGAACUAAGAAAUCAUGCAAGGCAGGAACAUCCCUUGGAAAGGCCAUCUGAGGUUGACCCUAUGCGGCAGUCUAAUUGGACAAGAUUGGGGCUUCAAAGGGAGUUUGAAGAUGCUAAUGCAUAUCAAACACACUUUGAAGAUGCCAAUGCAUAUCAAACACACUCUGUAGAUGACUUCCUAGCAGACCUGCCUCUUGACUUGCCUCUUGGCACUGGUCUAUUUGACCUUCUAGAUAGUCACUACCCAGAGACUGAGGCGGGAUUGGAUGAAAUGAUCGAUAUGUCACUGGAUGUCGAACUUGAGUUCUUUUUCUCUUUCCUGAGUGAGUCUCCAUUGGUGCCUUUAGUAUGGGAUUGGUCUCCAAGCUAUGCUGGUGGGAGGAGCACCAAUCGAUCAGAGCGUGGUGCUAGACCACAAAACAGGAGAUCUAGAAGACCGGCAUCAGAUUCUGAUAACAAUGAACAAAGACCAACAAGUUCACGAAACCCACUAGACAUGGAACUGUCCAAUGACACUUUUGUUGCAUGA